AUGGCGGACCCCGACACCUCUUCGCCGCAGAAGAGCGACAUCUCCACCUCGGCCUCGAUAUACUCUUACCAGACGCGUCUGAUGGGCAAGACCGCGUCCUCGCCCACCGGCGACGGCGGCGCGGGCAGCUCGAGCUCGGCGUCGCGCAUCAACUCGAUCCGCGAAAACAGCGGCGUGUCCGGCCUCCGCCGCUCCGGCUCAGGCGCGCGCAUCGCCGGCAUGGGGCACUCGGCGCGCGGCAAGUCGGUCGACCUGGUCCGCGGGCAGUGGGAGGCCAAGAUCGAGACGGAGGCGGUGGCGGCGGCAGACAAGGUGCAGAACCCUGCAAGCCCCGCCCUUGGCCGCCCGCGUAGCAUGCUCCUGCCCAACGAGACGCUCUCGUCCAUCUCAUCGCGCGCGCCGGCGCCAGCGCCGACCGCCCCCGCUGCAGACUUCUCGCCUGCUGUGCCUCGCCUGUCGCGCAAGGGCUCGGUUAUCGACCGGUGGUCCAAGCACUUGUCAACAGAGGACGCCAAGAGCCCGCUGUCGUCUCUGGCUGGCCCCGAGGCGAACGCGCUCACCCGCCAGCCUGCCGCCGCGGCCCCAGCUCCUGUCGACACUGAGAGGCCGUUCCCCCGUGCACGCCCUGCGUCUGUCACGUCCGAACCGGCUGUCGCCCCGACACCCGCGGCUCCAGCUGCUGCAGAGCCGUCGACGACCGAGCCAGCCUUCACUGCCAGACCUCGCCCUCCGUCCAUCUCGUCAUUCCGCGACAUCUCACCCCAGCUCACAGGUACAUCAUCUACGGUCGGCUCGCUGCGCAACAGGUCCGCUGCCGACACACUCGCGGAGGCGCGCAACAAUGCCCGGCGGCGACUCGAGGCGAGGCAGAAGGCAGCUGGAGACUUUGCAGAGGCAAAGGUCGAGCCGGUCGUCGUCCCGACGCCAGCGCCUGCGCCUGCACCGGCGCCAGUCGUGGACACUGCAGUCAGCCAGCUAGCUGAAUCGCUCAAGGAGUCCUCCAUCGCCCCGGCCUCGCCAAAGACAGUGGUCAACAGACGCUCCCAGACGUUUGAGAGAACAAAGGCACUUCCAACCUCCCCGUCCACACCAACAAAGGCACUUCCCAACAAUUCGACAGGCACCCCGACCAAGACUCCUGGAGGGGCCGAGUCGCCACGGUCGUCACCGUUUGGCGAGCGCCUGCGCCCCGCCCCCCGUCCCGCCGACACGUUGACAGAUCCCCAGUUCAAGAUCGAGCCGUCGACUCUUAACAAGCGCGCGUCGCAGGAGUUCACCCCCUCGAGCCUCGAUAAGCGCACCUCCCAGGAGUUUACCCCUUCGAAGCUGUCCCAGCGUGUGUCGCAGGAGCACACGAUCCCAGUUGUUCGUAAGGUCGCCUCGCAGGAGUGGAGCCAGUCAGCCCAGGCCGGAUUGAAAAAGGUCGAGCCGAGAGACUCUAUCAAGCCGGCACCAGUGUCGACUACGGCCCCUGAAUGGACGACGCUUCGAAAGACCGAGUCUCGCGAGUCGAUCAAGCCCGCAGCUGCCGCACCGGCCCAGGAGUGGACACCGCCCAUUCUCCGCAAGGUCGCUUCGCAGGACCUCAAGCCGACACCGGUCGAGUCUCCGUCCAAGCUGUUGGCCAAGGCCGCACCGGUCGCCACUGCCGCGCCCCGCACCCCCAAGCCUCCUCCAUUCGGCGGCGAUGUCUUCUCUCCCUCUAAGCCGGGAUCCACGUCUACACCUGAGGGAGCAGCACCGCCCAAGCCCAAGUUUGCUGGCUUAACAUACCGCGCUCCUACUGGCCCUCCAAAGGGCACAGUCAGCUCGUUAGCCUCUCGCUUUGCGACUGGCGAUGCCUCCUCUGCACCAGCUCCCCGCGGCCGUGUCCCAUCGCUCAGCAGCGAUCGUCGUCGUCUGGGCAAGCACUUGCCCCGAAUCGUCUCUGGCGACCAAGGAUGGGAGGGCGAUAACCGCCGCGUCAGCCAGCAGAGGGUCAUCUCGGCCAAGAACCGCAAGUUGUCGCUGAGCAAGACUUCCCCCAUGCCUCCCAGCACCGAGGAGAACACACCGCCUCGUACCAGCAGCCCAGCCCUCGAGCAGCAGCCGACGCCUGUAAAGGUCCUUGCUACGCCUGUCAAGACCCUGGCCUCAUCGCGCCCUCUUGCGCCGCUUUCGCCUUCCGCGACUCACAACGCUGCCACACCGCCUACGCCGCGCGCUCCGUCUACCCCAAGCAAGCGGCAGUCAUCAACAUCGUCGGUUACGCACACGCCCAAGACCGGCUUACUGAACACGUGGGCAACGACAAGAGUUGAAGUCGCGGGCGAGGAAAUGAAGGGACUCAUGAGCGCCAUUGGCGCUUCAUCGCGCAACAUGGAGGUCAACGACAAGGUCAAGCCGUCCCGACUUCCCCUCGCCGCCUCGUCCGCAAAGAUGGCCCCUGCCCCGCUUCCAUCUCGUCGUCUGGCGAACAUGGACAGGCAGCGCCACGAGCUCGCAGCAUACAACUACCUCUGUCACGUUGGAGAGGCACAACAGUGGAUCGAAGGGUGCCUGGACGAGGAGCUUCAAUUCGGCGUUACCGAGCUCGAGGACGGUCUUCGAGAUGGUGUUGUUCUCGCCAAGCUCGCACGCGUGUACGAGGGCGAGCAUGUUGUGCGCCGGAUCAGGACCGAUGCCAAGCACAGGUAUCUCCAGACUGACAACAUCAACUACUUCCUCAACUUUGUGCGCAAUGUCGGCAUGCCUGAGACGUUCAUCUUUGAGAUUACCGACCUCUACAACAAGAAGAACGUGCCAAAGGUCAUCUUCUGCAUCCACGUUCUCAGCCAUCUCUUGGCUCGACUGGGUCGUGCUGAGCGAAUGAACAACCUGGUCGGUCAGUUCGACUUCACCGACGAGCAGCUGGCAGCGACGCAGAAGGACAUUCAGGGCGUUGCCAUGCCCGACUUCCAACAGGUGCAGCAGACACUCGCCAAGGAGGCUGCUUGGGAGGAGCCUGAAGAGGAAGAGGAGACCGAAGAUGAGAAACGCGACCGUGAGCUGCUCGAGUGUGAGGACUCGAUCACCGCGCUUCAGCGCCACCUCCGCGGUGUGCUGGCUCGCCAGCGCAUGUCGCGUGUCAAGGCCCAGAUCAAGCUGGCAGUGCCAAUCAUCACCCGCCUCCAGUCGCAGGCACGUGGUGCUGCCAGCCGUAAGGCCAUUGCCGCUGAGAAGAAGGGCCACGCAAAGCUUGGCCGGUGGGCUACGUCUCUCCAGGCUGCGGCUCGCGCGCACCUCACUCGCGAGCAUUGGCAGCAGCAUGUCGGCCAGGUUCACGGGACCCAGGGGGCCGUCAUCGGCAUCCAGGCCCAGGCCCGAGGAAUGCUCGCGCGGAUGAGACGCUCGGUUAUCGCGAAUGAGCUCGACCGCUCUCACCGCGCCAUCGUCGGCCUCCAGGCCACCUGCCGUGGUCGCUUGGCGCGGAGAAAUCGUCAGCAGGACCGCAAGGCCCUUGCGCAGCCAGUCGUUGUCAAGUCGAUUUCCUCUGUUCAGGCUGCUCUUCGUGGCCGCCUCACUCGCCAGGCUGUUGCCAAGCAGCAAAAGGUUGUCCAGGCUCACACUGCCACGUUCACUGCUCUGCAGAGCCACCUUCGCGGUGCCCUCGUUCGCCGACAGCACAAGGCUCGUGAGGAGAAGCUGGACAACGCGGCCGACUACGUCGUGGCGAUUCAGUCACAGGCCCGCGGUGUACUCGCUCGCCGCCGCAAGCAGGUUAUCGUCAAGACAGUGGCCAAGGUCACCACGUCCGUGUCUUCGUUCCAGGCCCUGGCUCGUGGACGUCUCGCUCAGCAGCAGCACCGCAACAUGCAAAAGGCGCUGGCCAAGGUCGAGGUUACUGGCUCCGUUGGUGGCCUCCAAGCCUUCCUCCGUACCAGGCUGGCCAAGAAGCACACUGUCGAGCAGAAGAAGAAGCUCGAGUUUGUGCAGCCCGACGUCAUCGGCUUCCAGGCCGUCGCCCGCGGCUACCUUGCCAGGCAAGAGUACCGCGAGUGGCGCGACUACCUCGUCGACCCGCACACCCAGGGUGCGCUCGUGUUCCUGCAGUCGCUCAUCCGUGGUUUCCUCGCUCGCCGUCGCCUCUGGGUCCGUACGUCGUACAUUCACCGCAAUGUCGACAAGGUCGUCAAGGUCCAGGCGUUGUGGCGUGGUCGACAGCAGCGCCAGCUGUACUCCCGCCUUGUAACUGGCUCUGGCGUCGACGUCCCAACCAUCCAGCACUACAUGCACCUCCUGGACGACACGGAGAGCGACUUCCGCGACCAGCUCAGAAUCGACACGUACCGCAAGGAUGUGGUUGAGCUUUUGCGCACCAACCAGGUGCUAGAGACUGAGGUUUCAGAGCUCGACACCAAGAUUGCUCUGAUUCUCAAGAACAAGAUGUCGUUCGAGGACCUUGUUCGCGCCAAGCGCCGCCACGGCGUCGCUCCUGGUGACGAGUCGUUCCAGCCCCCCGGCGGAGGCGACCCAUUCACCGGCGUACAUCUCGACCGUACGAGCCAGCGCAAGCUCGAGCUCUACGAGCACCUGUUCUUCACCCUCCAGACGCAGCCAAAGUACCUCACUCGUCUGCUGCACAAGCUUGUGGCAGACCCCGAUGCCGACGCCGACCGCCGCAUUGUCGAGGGUGUGACUCUUAUUCUGUUCGGCUUUGGGCACGACGAGCGCGCACAGUACCUCUUCCACAAGCUCCUCCAGAUCUCGAUCCACGAGCAGAUCCUGCGCUCGCGGUCGCUGGACGAGCUGCUCGACAUGCGCUUUGCCAUCACCAACGUCGCCACGCAGUACGCCAAGCCCACCCUCACGCCGUAUCUUCAGAACACGCUGGGUCCCCACGUCGUGCGCAUGGUCCAGGCCGAGGAGCUCGACCUAAGCACCGACCCCGUGGACAUCUACAACCGCCUGAUCAACGCCGAGGAGAGCCUCACCGGCAUCAGGAGCGCCUUGCCUCGCGACCUUGAUGCCGACCAGAUUCUCCAGACACACAGUGACACGCGCACUCUGUAUAUCCAACACCUGCAGGAGCUCCGCGCUCUCACUGACGAUCUCCUCAACGCGAUCAUGCGCUCGACCGACCAGAUGCCUUACACGGUCCGCCUGAUGGCCCGAGAGGCACUCCUCGCUCUCCGUGUGCGAUUCCAGGACCGUUCCGACUGGGAGCUCUGGCCCAUCGUGGCCAGGUGUGUCAUCCUGCCAUUCAUCCUGCCUGCGAUCGUUGCACCAGAGACGUACGAUAUCGCCGACGACGUCAACCCUGUCCAGCGACGCAACCUGCAGCAGAUCGCCAACCUGCUACAGCACAUUGCUACGCAAGACUUCAGCCGCAACGACAGGGACCGACUCGUUCGCGUGCCACUGUACGAGUACAUCAGUUCUGCUGGCCAGAGAGUGGGCGACUGGAUCCUCGACGUCGCCGAGGUCGACUUCCACGUGCACGAAAUGCUCGAGUCGACGUCCGAGGCGACGCCAAUUUCGAUUACCCGUACCGACAUCUACGGUCUCUUGGGUAUCCUCAUGCGCAACCAGCCCGCUUUGACUGCUGGCAAGUCCGGCGAUCCGAUCGUCGAUGUGCUUAGCGAACUCGAGGGGCCUCCUAUCGACUACGACCGCGGCAAGAACACGGUGCGAGUCCGGCUUACAAACCGACUUGCGCAGUUACAGACCAACGACCCUACUCAGGCACACCUGCGCGAGCUCGAGGUGCAAGCGAAGCGCCACGUCUUGGCUGUGCUGCGUGUUCAGACUGGCAAGGACCUCUACGCUGUGUUGUUGGCACACCCUACCGAGCAGGACGAGCAGCGCUGGGUCUACGAGGUGCAUCGCGACAUUGCCCUGGAGCAAGCUCGUCUCGCCAAGCACAAUCUGCCACCUACACCGGCCGAAACUGAGUACCAGAUGGAAAGCAUCCGAUCCCUUCCGUUCCACGAGGUCAAGUCUCGUGCCAUCGAGUUCUGCAUGGCGUUGGUUGAGGCCGGCCGACUCUCACGCGAGGAUCACUUUGGUGGUUUGCUCGUGUCGAUUGCUUCAGACAUCAAGGAGAAGCACCGAUUGCGACAGAAGCGCAAGGUCGACCUCCGCGCGAUGUACGAGGCACACCAGCAGUUAUCGGAGAAGCGGCAGAAGUUUGAGGAGCAGAUCCAGAGCUACCACGACUACAUUGACUCGGCCAUGUCCGCGCUCCAACAGAAGAAGAAGGCGCCGUUCAUGUCCAAGCAGUACUGGCACCAGCGUGGCAGUGGCAAGAAGUCCAAGUUUGGGUCGUUCAAGUACACCGCGCACGACCUGUACGAGCGCGGCAUCCUGCUGUCUGUCAACCAGUACUCGCCGCGCCAGUUUGACAAGCUGCACGUGUUCAUCUCGUCAAACGCCGUUGGCGUUUUCACCCUCGAAAUGACUCACCCGGCGGCCUCAACAGUCAUCGGCAAGGAGGAGAUGCGCAUGGAGGACCUGCUGCAGGCGCAGUUUGACAACAACGUGCGACUGGACCUGUUUGACGGCAACGCGGCAUUCAACCUGAACAUGUUGAUUCACCAAAUCAACAAGAAGUUCUACGCGUCCUAA